GGGAGGACGAACUAGUUGCUAGCCUUAAGACUGAAAAACGAUAAGUUUAAAAGAAAAAAGGCUUCACAACGUGCGUAGAAAACUCACCUGGCGGUACUGGACCCAGAAUCCUGUGUGAUGUCAACCAUCUAAAGCUGUUCACUUCAGUGCUGGGGACAGAACCCAGGACAUCAUACAUGUAAGUCCGCAGGGUUGGCCACCUGGGACAUCCCACUGAUAAGAGAGAGCUACACUUCUUCCCAGGCUGCUGUGACAACUCGGUGGCCCCACCAUGUCCAGGCCUCAGACCCAGGAGCAGGCAGUGGAUUUCGAGGGAGACUCAUCCCUACACAGGAGAGACGAGGAGGGGCCCCAGAGCUCCCACCGCAUGCUGGGCUUCAGUGAUGCACUGCUCUCCAUCAUUGCCACUGUCAUGAUCCUGCCUGUGACCCACACAGAGAUCUCACCAGAACAGCGAUUUGACAAAAGUAUACAGAAACUUCUAGCAACUAGGAUUGCUGUCUACCUGAUGACAUUUCUAAUUGUAACUGUGGCGUGGGCAGCACAUACCAGAUUGUUCCAGGUUGUUGGGAAAAUAGAUGAUACACUUGCCUUGCUUAACCUGGCCUGCAUGAUGACCAUCACCCUUCUACCCUACACAUUUUCUCUAAUGGUGACGUUUCCUGAUGUGCCCCUGGGCAUCUUCCUGUUCUGCAUGUGUGUGAUUGCCAUUGGAUCUGUGCAGGCACUGAUUGUGGGGUAUGCUUUCCACUUCCCACACCUGCUGAGUCCACAGAUCCAGCACUCUGCACACAGGGCCCAGUCCCGACGGCACAUCCUGCGCCUAGUCCUCCGUGGCCCAGCUCUGUGUUUUGUUGCAGCCAUCUUUUCUCUCUUCUUCUUCCCUUUGUCAUAUGUGCUGAUGGUGACUGUCAUCUUCCUCCCUCAUAUCAGCAAGGCUACCACCUGGUGCAAAGACAAGCUCACGGGCCACAGGGAGUCUCCAGCUCACAAUGUGGAGCCCUUCAGUAUUGAUCUGCACGCACCUCUCAGCAAAGAGCGGGUGGAAGCUUUCAGUGACGGUGUCUAUGCCAUUGUGGCCACACUCCUCAUCCUGGACAUCUGUGAGGACAACGUUCCGGAUCCCAAGGAUGUCCGAGAGAAAUUCAGUGGCAGCCUUGUGACUGCUCUGGGUGCAUAUGGGCCACAAUUCCUGGCGUACUUUGGCUCCUUCGCCACAGUGGGUCUGCUUUGGUUUGCCCAUCAUUCACUCUUCCUGCAUGUCCGGAAGGCUACACAGACCAUGGGGUUACUCAACAUACUGUCACUGGCCUUUGUGGGUGGCCUCCCUCUGGCCUACCAGCAGACCUCAGCUUUUGCCCGACAACCCCAUGAUGAACUUGAGCGUGUGCGGGUCAGCUGCGCCAUCAUCUUCUUUGCCAGUAUCUUCCAGUUUGCCAUCUGGACUGCAGCCCUGCUGCAUCAGACAGAAACACUGCAGCCAGCUGUGCGAUUUGGUGGGCAGGAGCAUGCUUUCAUGUUUGCCAAGCUUGCACUGUACCCCUGUGCCAGCCUGUUGGCGUUUGCUGCCACCUGCCUGCUGAGCCGGUUCAGCACAGCCAUCUUCCACCUCAUGCAGAUUGCAGUGCCCUUUGCCUUCCUACUGCUCCGUCUCCUUGUGCGCCUUGCCCUGGCAGGCCUUCAAGUCCUGUGGAACCUCCGGCCAGAGCACCCUCAAUCAGGCCAGGGUGAACCUGAGGCACAGUCUCAGCUCUUGCCUGCCCCCUGCUAAUGCCAAGGAAGCUACAUCUGCCCAUUCCAGGCGUACUGUAAGGGGUUCUAUGAAGAUGGCUCAGUAGAAGUCUGUGACCUUGGGGCUGUGGUUUUAUUGGCUUGAGUAUUUGUGUACAUUGUGAAAUAUCAAGAUCUAUUUCAAGAUUA